CUGCAGCAGCUAUGAGCCAGCUGGCUCCAAGGCUUCACACUUCCCAUGUGGUGUUGUAUUUCUAAGGUCAUGCAUUUGAAUCUCACCGAGGCCAAGAGAUUGUUUUAAUGUCUUGCAUGGGCCAAUGCUCAGAGGGAAAUUGGUGGGUUGUUUCCAGCACUUAAAAUAACCUCAGAGUUUACUCUCUACCUUCCACAUUUUUAGUACUGAUUGAAGUUUUCUACCUUUACCUACCUUAGCAUGAAAAUCCAAACAAUCUAUUUUGUCUUAAGAAAAAAAAUGAACGCUAAGUUACUGGCAAUUGCACACACAACUUGGCAGAUGAUAACUUCCUUUUGCUUUCCAGCGGAUGAACCACGCCCAUUUCCUGAAGAAUGGUAUCAACAUGGUUACAUAGAAAACAACGAUCAGCCUGGGUCUGCCAACCACAUGUAUGAUGAAGGGUCUUAUGCCACAGCACCAGCUGAUGACACCUGGGUGCCAAGAUGGGAAGAUGAUCGCAUGGGAAUGAUGGAACACCCACACAGAGGACUGUUGAGUACGUACUUUGAAGAAACAAAGUUGAAUGUUCUCAGUGUGUACGAUGAAGGCUCGGGUACAUGGCUGAAGAUGCCUUUAGCAUGGGAGCUGUAUGUACCAGACGUGAGGUCACGUGUCGCGUCCAUUCAAGAGGCUUUUCCAGACUGGGAUGACCAGUUUGAGAUUCUUGCGUUACUGAGGCAGUGCAACUAUGACCUCGACGAAGUCACUAACACGUACAUAACGCUGCUAACGGACGAUACCGCUGGCAAGAGGGUGGCGUCAAGACUUAAGGGCAGCUCGGGCUCAAGUAAAGAACACGCAGCGGAGAUUGAACUUUUGAGGGAGAGAAUUGACCAACUCGAGGAACAGCUCCGAGAAAAAGAUUCUCAGUUGCAAGAUUCUCAGAGAGCGAACGCGGAUUUGCAAACCAAGUUGAGAUCAUCCGAAGAAAUGGCUAGAAAGCUUCAAAUCAAGGGCACGAGCUUACAGCGAGAAAUACAACAGCUGAAGUCCGCGCCAGUACAACCGCAAAUGUCUAUUCCAAUUCAAACAGCUCCUGCUACUAAAGAGCGAAAGAUUUCCAAAGAUACCUGUCGAAACGUCAGGUCGACUGUACAGGUCUUUUCGCAGAUGCUGGUGGAAUUAAGGAAUUGUUUUACAAGCGAAAUGGAAGACAUUGCUUUAGUUUUGGGUCAAGCACAAAGCUCUUUGCGUAAGAUGAAGCUAAUGGACCAAGGUUCUAGCAAGGAGAUCAUAGAGCUGCGUGCACUCUACCACAGGGAGGUACUCCAACGAAAACUUCUCUACAACAAGCUUCAAGAACUUCGCGGCAACAUCAGAGUAUUCUGCCGGUGCCGUUACGAUCCAAAUGCCGACAAUGUGUUGAACUUCACCUCAGAUCAGGACUUGAGUUUGGUGUCUGCUCAAGGACAGAAAAAGUCGUUCAGAUUCGAUCGAGUCUUCUCUCCGUCCAGUACGCAAGAGGAAGUCUUUCAAGAUACCCUUCCACUCAUUACGUCAUGUGUUGAUGGUUACAACGUCUGUAUUCUAGCGUAUGGCCAGACAGGGGCAGGGAAGACUUACACCAUGAUGGGAACAGACAAAGACCCCGGCGUCAACAUCCGGUCCAUUCUCGAACUCCUCCGAGUUUGCGACGAGCGAAAAAACGUGGAUUAUUCCAUGUGUGUUUCCAUGGUAGAGGUUUAUAACGAGACGGUUAGAGACCUGCUGAGCGAGAACAGCAGUUCACAACAACUGAACAUUCAAAUGAGAAACAAACAACUUGUUGUCACCGAUGUCACUGAGGUUGAUGUUAAGUCGGCAGACGAUAUCAAAAGCAUAAUGCAGAAAGGUGACACGAAUCGUUCCGUGGGCGCCACCAAAAUGAACACAAACAGUUCCCGCUCUCAUUUACUUCUUCUCCUGAGAAUCCAGGGCACAGACCACGUGACCAAUGCCAUCACGCGCGGCACGCUGACCCUGGUAGACCUUGCAGGCUCAGAGAGGAUUUCUAAGACCGAGGCUACUGGACAGAGGUUGGUCGAAGCGGCGGCCAUUAACAAAUCACUAUCAGCCCUCGGCCAAGUGUUUGCGGCCUUGCGAACAAAUGCAAUGCACGUGCCUUACAGGAACUCCAAGUUAACGCAACUGAUGCAGAGUUCCCUCGGGGGAGACGGUAAGGUCUGUAUGUUCGUCAACGUCAGUCCUCUUGCGAGUAACCUGAGCGAGACCGUCAGUACGUUGCAGUUUGGGUCAGCGGCAAAGCAAGUAGAGCUUGGAAAGGCUACACAGAACGUCACUCAAGCGCCAAAGAGAAACUAACCGAAAUCUGUCCUGAACUUAACUGAACUGUAAGGUAGAUAAGCUGUAGGCUGGAUGAAAGCUGAAACAAAUUGCCAUAAUAUGACUUAUUAUCCCUGCCAUAAAUUCAUAGGAUCUAUAGGGGUGGGGGGAUAAGUUAUUUUUAACGACACAAGUCCAAAGCAUUGGAUUUUAAUAAUUUAUUAUUCCUUCCAUAUGUAGGGAUAGAGUAUUUCUAUUGACGUUAGUCCAAAAGCGUUGGACGUAAAUUAUUCAUUAUUGUUACCAUAGAUAGGGGAAAGAGAAUUUUUAUCGACUUAAGUCCAAAAAAUUUGGAUUUAAGUCAAUUUAAUAAAUUAUUCAAGUAAUGCGAUAAAAAAAAAGAAAACAUGCAACAAACACACAUACAAAGAAACAAAUAAAUACAAUUAUAAAGGAAUUGGACCACGUCAAUGGAUUUUUGUCUUCCAAGUGCUUUUUAAUCAUUAUACAUAAGCUUUGAGUUAGAAAAAAAAAGUGAAGGAAGCCAAAAGAUCUAAUGUGUGGUUAUUAACUGGUCCUCUUUCAUCAUCAUUAGAAUCAAAGUGCAUAUAAAGAAACAACUACAAUUGUGCAUAAGAAACAGUGUGUUUUAGUGAAAAUUGUCCCAAAUUUGAGUCUUCUUUGCAAUCGAAUCGAAUCACGCUUCUCUAGAGGACCAUAAAACGUUUAUUUUAUUAAAGAGUUUAAAUGCAAGAGAAUAAGUUGACCUUGCCCCUUCAUAAAACAGUAAUUUCUAAAUUUCGACAGUGUUUAUAUGACAGGGCAAUGCUAUGUAUUUUACUAAUAUAUUAUUAGCUGAUAUUGUGUAUUAAUAAAAUUAUCAAAAUGGCUUUAUACAACGUCCGUCUGUUUGCUGUUUUGGGAUGAAAAGGUGUUGCAAAUAUGGACUUACUAAAUGCGUCUCUGCUCCCUGUUCGCUCCCUAAAAGCCGAACGUAUCGCUAGGCCUUUACACAU